AUGUCCGCGUCCGACUCGGAACUUUCAGAAGCCUCCGAGACACCCACACCACCAGACAACGAACUCGAGCAAAGUCUACGCCGUGAGGUGGACAAGGCGCUACAAGAUGGAAUCGAGUUCUCGAACAACUCCAUUCGCGCAGCUUCCGAAACGCAACUCGGGCUGACAAAGGGUUUCUACAAACAGCACGAGGAGUGGGCACAGCGAAGUAAAGCUAUCAUUGCCGACCAACUGGAGGCUCGGGCAGUGACAGAAAGCCCUCCCCCGGAGGAGGCCAAGCCCAAGGCCAAAGAGCCCGAGAAAACAUCCAAGAAGCGCAAGACCUCACAGAAACAGAAAGAGUCCACACCGAACAAGAGACAAAAAGCUGCUACCGCAAAAAGUCGCGACCAUGCCUCAGAGAAUCUGUCUUCCCCUUCGGCGCGUUCAGACUCGGAAGCGAUGCAAGAGACGCCAAAAACAAAACCAGGAAAGAGCCCUCAGAAAGCACGCUCCGUCAAGUCCAAGCCCGUCCCAACCGAGCGAGCAAGCGUGUCAGACUCUAGCCAAGAUGACGAGCAAGGGAAGAAGAGCAGCAAGCGCAGACACUCUGCGGGGCAAACGCUCAAGAAGUCCGCCAGCAGACCCACCACAAAGCCAAAAGCCGACGCCAACCUCGACACCGAGCAGGCCGAAAUCAAGCGUCUUCAAGGCUGGCUGAUGAAAUGCGGCAUUCGUAAGCUGUGGGGUAAAGAGCUGAAACCCUACGAAACGUCUAAAGCCAAAAUCAAGCAUUUGAAACAAAUGCUCGCCGACGUCGGCAUGACUGGCAGGUACUCGGCAGAGAAGGCAAACCAGAUCAAAGAGGCUCGAGAGUUGGCGGCCGACAUCGAGGCUGUCCGAGAAGGAGAAGCACGCUGGGGUGCUUUCAACGCGGAGAACGGUGCGCGAGCUGAAAAAGGUGCAGAUGGCCCGCGACCCACAGCGAGACGGUUGGUGCGAGGAGCGAAGAAUUAUGACUUUCUGAGCAGCGAUGGUGAGGAGACCGAUUGA